AUGGUCGCCGUUCCUAGUGGAGGAGGCAGUUCCUCCUCCACCUUUACCACGACAGCUCGCACGAGUCCCGGAAACGGAACCGCUACGAAUGGCACUCGAAGUAGGAUGGGUGGUAUUCCAUUACCGGGCAACGGGGUGUCGCAGAAUGGAAAUAUGAUAAUACCUUUGAGCGCACGCAAGGCCCAGCCCUUGUGUCUCUCAUCGGUCGAGCGAAGGGGAGCCCCGAACGAAGCCCGCGAAGUGUCGAAAUCUGGUCGUCUGUUUGGAUUGCAGGAAGCGCCUACGUUCUGGCCCACGGAGGAGGAGUUCAAGGAUCCGAUGGAGUAUAUGAGGAAAAUCGCGCCCGAGGGCAUGAAGUACGGCAUCGUCAAAAUCGUUCCGCCGGAUACAUGGAAACCGCCUUUUGCCAUCGAUACCGAGAGCUUCCACUUCCGAACACGAAGACAAGAGCUCAACUCCGUCGAGGGAGGUACCCGAGCAAAUUUGAAUUACCUGGAUCAGCUGGCAAAGUUUCACAAACAACACGGGACGAACCUGAACCGCUUCCCGAGCGUCGAUAAGCGUCCGCUUGAUCUAUACAAGCUGAAGAAGGCGGUUGAGACCAGGGGCGGGUUUGAUAGAGUGUGCAAGGGCAAGAAGUGGGCUGAAAUCGGCAGAGAUCUGGGCUACAGUGGGAAAAUCAUGUCGUCGCUAUCAACGUCUCUCAAGAACUCGUACCAGAAGUGGCUACAUCCGUACGAAGAGUACCUACGAAUCGCGAAGCCCGGCGUCUACCAGCAGCUUGAGUACGAGAACGGAGGGCCAUACACGCCGUCGCCUGGGCCGUCGCCAGCCAAGCGGCCACAACCGCAGAGCGCGUCCAGCCUGGCAGGAGACUCUCCGGCCGUCCGCGCGUCGGCGGCUCUCAACGUCAGCAUGCAGGACGGUCCUGCACCUGCGGCCAGCGAGCCCCCCCGUCCCCCUGUGACGUCUGGAUUCACCGCCGUCAAUACCGGAGGCUUCACCGCGGUCAACGCAGCGGCCACACUAGCCAACGGCUUCUCUGCAAUCAAUGCGCCGAACGGCGUCCAUCGCGACACUGCAAACGGACAGGCGACCCCUCAGCGGCUAAACGAAAGCCCAUUCGGAUCUGCGCACGACACGCCGGAUGUGCGGCCGUCUGCGACGAGCGGCUCUCCCUUGGCCAACGCGCCGGCUCUCAACCCGCUCAAGAGGCAAAUGUCGCACGAGCCCGACGGCGGCGCAAACGGCGAUUCGGAUGCAGCAGGGCGGCGAAGCAAGCGGCUGAAGAAAGGUGACCACGAUCAGCUGACUGACCAUCUUGCAGAUGCGGCACCCACCGUCGCGGGAUCGCACAUGACCCAGCCGCGAAUGCCAACGCCCCGCCUGCACGCCCCCCGGGACCGCUCGACUGAGAAGCCUGGCGAUAGGUGCGAAGCCUGUGGUAAAGCCGACGACCCCGCCGCAAUCCUGCUGUGCGACAGCUGCGAAAAUGGAUACCACAGGCACUGUCUCGAGCCUCGGCUCAAAUCGACUCCCGACUACGACUGGCACUGUCCGCGCUGUCUGGUCGGCACCGGCGAGUUCGGCUUCGAGGAGGGCGGUGUCUACUCCCUCAAGCAGUUCCAAGAAAAGGCGAACAGCUUCAAGGAGAACUACUUCGCCUCGAAGACGCACUUCGACCCUGUCCUGAACGUAAAGAAGCCUGUCAGCGAAGACGACGUCGAACGAGAGUUCUGGAGACUCGUAGAGAGUAUAACCGAAACCGUCGAGGUAGAGUACGGUGCCGACAUCCAUUCGACCACUCACGGCAGCGGCUUUCCUACCAUCGAGAAGAACCCGCGCGAUCCCUAUGCCACAGAUCCGUGGAAUCUGAACAUCCUCCCCUUCAACCCUGAAUCACUCUUCCGACACAUCAAGAACGACAUCACCGGCAUGACCAUUCCUUGGCUGUACGUCGGCAUGUGCUUCUCCACUUUCUGCUGGCACAACGAGGACCACUACACCUACUCUGCAAACUAUCAGCACUUCGGCGCAACCAAGACCUGGUACGGGAUACCCGCCGAGGACGCCGCGAAAUUCGAGGACGCUAUGCGCGAAGCUGUCCCCGAACUUUUCGAGACGCAGCCGGACCUCCUGUUCCAGCUGGUCACACUGCUGACCCCUGAACAACUCAAGAAAGCUGGCGUUCGAGUGUAUGCGCUCGACCAGCGAGCUGGCCAGUUCGUUAUCACUUUCCCUCAAGCCUACCAUGCCGGGUUCAACCACGGAUUCAACUUCAACGAAGCGGUCAACUUUGCGCCAAGUGACUGGGAGCCGUAUGGCGAAGCGGGCGUACAGCGACUGCAGGACUUCCGACGGCAGCCGUGCUUCUCUCACGACGAGCUGCUACUGACUGCCGCGACGCAACAGGGCAGCAACUCCAUCAAGAAAGCGAAAUGGCUUGCGCCGGCCCUAGAGAGGAUGUCAGACCGAGAGCUCAGGGCACGUGAAGACUUUCGACAGCGGCACAAGCCGUAUGAGAACCAUGCCUGCCGAAUUUUUCCACUCUACGAUAACGCCGACAGUCAACAGCCGCCGUGCGAUUUGGUAGUCGAGUAUGAUGCGGAAGAUCCCUCGGAAGAGGAGAUGAUCUGCACAUUCUGCAAGUCGUAUGGCUAUCUCUCUCGCUUCAUAUGUACGAGGUUUUCCAAGACGAUGUGUCUGCUCCAUGCAGGUCUGUACGAGUGUUGUGACGAGGCCGCCAAGAAUCCGGGAAGCAUUCCAGCGUUCGGCGGACAUGUUGUACGUCAUCGCAUCCCCGAUGACGCGCUCCGAGCUGUCGUCCAAAAGGUUGUUGACAAGGCCCGUGUGCCAGAAGCGUGGGCGGAGAAAUUGAACAAAGUCACGGAAGACGACCCAAGGCCAUCGCUGAAAGCCUUAAGAUCGCUUCUGGCCGAAGGAGAGAAGAUCCAGUGGGUCCUACCUCAGCUUCCUCCGCUGAGAAAGUAUGUCGAGCGGUGCAAUGAGUGGGUGGAAGAAGCAACCAACUACAUUACGCGGAAACAGCAAAACCGGCGAAAGAACGAACGAGCAUGGCGCAAGAGCAAUGCAGCGAAAGCCGCCGAAAUGGAAGAGCGGGAACGUGAACUGCGCAACGUGGACAACAUCAGGAAGCUGCUCGACAAGGCCGACGAUCUCUCCUUUGACUGUCCCGAAAUCGACCAGCUUCAAGAGCGAGCUGACAAGAUUGCCGAGUUUCAGCAGAACGCACGGGCUGCGCUGGUCAAUCACGGGCUGAAGUCCACGCAAGAUCUCGAGGAUCUGGCGGAGGUCGGCAAGUCGUACAACGUAGACAUUCCGGAAAUAGAGUCGCUGGAGAAGCUCGUGCAACAUCAGAGGUGGCUCGACAAAGUCCAGAGCUAUCGCAAGACGAUUCCGACACUGCAGGACGUUGUCGAUAGCAUCAAGGAGGGGCUGGCCAUGGGUAUUCGCGAGGAAGAUCUGGACAUUCGACAUCUGCAGGAGCAGAAGCAGCAGGGCGAGCUAUGGGAGGCGAAAGUGAAAGAAGUGAUGGCCGUUGAGAAUGUGCACUACCAGCAGCUGGACGCCUUAUCACGCCAAGCAACUCAAUUUCCAGUUUCGCCAGAGACGCUCAUGCAGGUGGACGCCAUCCUUAAGAAGCAACGGGACGCUCAGGAGCAGAUUAUGGCGCUCUACGAGCGAAGCAAGGAUCCAGACUUCCGCAAGCGUCCAAUGUACAAGGAGGUUCGCGAUGCAAUGGAGGCCUUGAACGAGCUGAACAGCAAGCCCAGUGGCACGAUUGAUCUCGAACGAGAACAGAAGCGUCACGAAGACUGGAUGCGGCGAGGAAAGAAGCUUUUCGGGAAGGCCAAUGCGCCCUUGCACAUCUUGCAGGCUCACAUGCAGAUUGUGGAGGCGCGGAAUGAAGCGUGUUUCGACCUGAACGACAAACCUCGCAUGCCGGUCGAACCUUCAUCGCGAGAGGUCACACCUAUGGAUCCAGAGGAUCACGAGGACGGGGGUAAUCGCGAUGUUUUCUGCAUAUGCCGUAAACCAGAAGCUGGACUGAUGAUCGAGUGCGAGUUGUGUCAUGAGUGGUAUCACGGCAAGUGCCUCAAGAUUGCCCGCGGUAAGGUCAAAGGAGAAGAUGGAUUCACCUGCCCAAUCUGUGAUUACCGCGUCAAGAUCCCACGAGACGCGACUCGCCCCAAGCUAGAGGACCUACAGGCAUGGCAAGACGAGCUCCUCGCACUUCCCUUCCAACCAGAAGAAGAAGAGUGCUUAAGGAACAUCAUCGACCACGCAACAGACUUCCGCAACUUCGUCAAGGCGUACAUGAAUCCGCUCUCGACACCAGACGACCUCUCAAUCCAGCGCUUCUACCUGCGGAAGAUCGAGGGCGCGGAUAUCCUGCUCGCAGACGAGACAAAUUACUUCAAGCGGGAAGUCCAUAAGUGGGCACCCGUCGCCGACGUCCCACCCCCCAUCCUAGACGUCUCCCUCUCAACCCGCAAACCCCGGCCCACGAAACAGCAGAAAGCGAUGAAGGAGCUUGGCAUCACGAACCCCGAGGAUCUACCCGCCCAUCUACGUCCCAAGACCCAGCCCACCAAAUCUCAGUCCCGCAAGCCCAGCGAGGCGCAGGCCAAGAAGCCCCAACACGACAUCCAACCCACGCCCCAGGAGUCCCACACACCCCCGGGCUUACCUCAUGGUUACUCUGCCCCGCCAACGGAUACCAGCACACCCAUACCAUCCACCCAAGACCACUUCCCGGGUUUUCUGUAUAACGACCCACCAACCACGAGCGCCUUCACGAACUCGCCCCUCUUCGCUGCCAGCAAUGUCUUCACGCAAUCCUCGCGGCCGCCUAGCCCGCCGCCAAACUUUGGGCCGUUGUCGGAGAGUGGUGCGCCGCUUGAUCCGGGCUUGUUUGCGAGUCCUCAUCCUUUCGCGAGCAGCGGCAGUCAGGGCAACAUGGAUAACAUCUUCAACGACCUGACGAAUCAUGAGGAUGGCUUGAUGGGGCAUGUUGAGGAGGGGAUGGGGUUUGUGGAUUAG